UCUUGGAUGCCGCGGAGCCCGAAAGAGGGGGGAGAGGGAGAGAGAGAGAGGGAAAAAGAGAGAGACCCGGAGACCCGGAGCCGCCGGAACCUGGCUGGAGAGAGGCAGACAGCAAGCACCCAGGGGCUGCUAGUAUCAACGCUCUAUAAAGUAUGAAGAGAGCCCCUCUAUAGUGAAGGAAACAUGGCAGACAAGAGGAAGCUACAAGGUGAGAUUGAUCGGUGUUUGAAAAAGGUGUCAGAAGGAGUGGAGCAGUUUGAAGAUAUCUGGCAGAAGCUCCACAAUGCAGCUAAUGCUAACCAGAAGGAGAAAUAUGAAGCCGAUCUGAAAAAGGAGAUUAAAAAACUCCAGAGAUUGAGGGACCAGAUCAAAACGUGGGUUGCGUCCAACGAGAUUAAGGACAAAAGGCAGCUAAUAGAAAACCGGAAACUCAUUGAGACGCAAAUGGAGCGGUUCAAGGUCGUAGAACGCGAGACCAAGACGAAAGCCUACUCCAAGGAGGGGCUCGGCCUGGCACAGAAAGUGGACCCAGCCCAGAAGGAGAAAGAGGAAGUUGGGCAGUGGCUGACGAAUACCAUAGACACCUUGAACAUGCAGGUGGAUCAGUUUGAGAGUGAAGUGGAGUCACUUUCUGUCCAGACACGCAAGAAGAAAGGAGACAAGGAUAAGCAAGACCGGAUUGAGGGUUUGAAGCGGCACAUUGAGAAGCAUCGGUACCAUAUCCGGAUGCUGGAGACCAUCCUACGAAUGCUGGACAAUGACUCCAUCAUGGUGGACUCCAUCCGCAAGAUCAAAGAUGACGUGGAGUACUACGUGGAUUCCUCGCAGGACCCCGAUUUUGAGGAGAAUGAGUUCCUCUACGAUGACCUCGACUUAGAAGACAUUCCACAGGCCCUGGUAGCCACUUCCCCACCCAGCCACAGCCACAUGGAGGAUGAAAUGUUCAACCAGUCCAGCAGCACGCCCACGUCCACCACGUCCAGUUCCCCAAUCCCCCCCAGUCCUGCGAACUGCACAACGGAAAACUCUGAAGAUGACAAGAAACGGGGACGGUCAACAGACAGUGAAGUGAGUCAAUCGCCAGCAAAGAACGGUUCAAAAAGCCUCCACAACAACCACCAUCAGCCACCCCCCGCCAUCCCCCCCAGCUACCCAGUGGGCAGCGGCUCCAGCACUUCCUCUUCGUUGGGGAACGGGCCCGGCUCCAACAGCAACGGGACUGUGGCUGGCAGUGGGAAUGCGAGCAGCAAAGCAAACCCGCCGGCGGGGCACGCACCCACCACCCCAACUCCUUAUGCCCAGGCUGUGGCACCCCCACCCACCAGCACCAACGCCUCUCAACCCAGGCCACCCAGCACCCAGCAGAAUGCCAGCAAGCAGAACGGGGCAACCAGUUACAGCUCUGUGGUAGCCGACAGCAACUCUGAUUCGACACUAAGCAGUGGCAACCAAUCCUUGCCUAACCAGACAUCAUCGCACAACCCCCCCAGUGCUUCCACGAAAGAGCCCAGCGCAGCCCCACAGCCGCCUAGUAGUGGCAACAGCACUGCAUCCAGCCUCCUGGUGCCUCUGACUGCCAACCCUCCUGUCUCGCCCACACCCAGCUUCUCCGACAGCAAGACAGCCCAGCCACUGCUCAAUGGGCCACCCCAGUUCAGCUCCACGCCUGAGAUCAAGGCACCCGAGCCUCUAAGUACAUUGAAGUCGAUGGCUGAGAGGGCAGCAAUUGGCUCUAGCAUAGAGGACCCUGUGCCAUCUCUUCAUCUCACUGAAAGGGCUGACAUCUUAAUUACUAGCACGACCUCCCAGCCAGCCUCCAAUCAGCCCCCCCUUCAGCUAUCUGAGGUGAAUAUCCCCCUUUCACUUGGGGUGUGCCCCUUGGGGCCUGUGCCUCUCACCAAGGAGCAGCUCUACCAACAGGCCAUGGAGGAAGCGGCCUGGCACCAUAUGCCUCACCCAUCUGAUUCAGAAAGGAUCAGGCAAUACCUGCCUCGGAACCCAUGCCCAACCCCUCCAUACCACCACCAGAUGCCUCCCCCACACUCCGACACAGUGGAGUUCUACCAACGCCUCUCCACAGAGACUCUUUUCUUCAUCUUCUAUUAUUUGGAGGGUACGAAGGCACAGUAUCUGGCAGCGAAGGCACUGAAGAAACAGUCGUGGCGCUUCCAUACCAAGUACAUGAUGUGGUUCCAGCGGCACGAAGAACCGAAGACCAUCACGGACGAAUUUGAGCAGGGCACUUACAUCUACUUUGACUAUGAGAAAUGGGGCCAGCGCAAAAAGGAAGGUUUCACCUUUGAAUACCGCUACCUGGAAGACCGGGAUCUGCAAUGAUGUCCUGGGCCAGCAGGGGGUGCCAAGCCUUCCUUCCUGAAAUAACUGCAGUGCGCAAGGAGCAGCGGCCAAGGGAGAGAGACCAACCAACCCCCCCAUCUCACCCCAUUUCCCCCCACCCCAAAUCACAACCUGGGGAACAUGGGGCUGAGCCGCACGUUUAAAAAAAUGCAUGCAAGUUUUAAAGUGACCGCGGGACGGAGGAGGGGCGGCGGCGGGAUUCUCUUCUGCCUUUCCCUUACCUUUUCAGCCUAUAAUGCAUACAGAGAGGUCAGAAAAAUGGGGGAUGCUCUCUGUGUGCACCAGUUUUGGGUGAGAGAAUGGAGAUUAAAAAAAUUCCCCCAUCUCCAAUUUUUUUUCUGGGGGGUGUCCCGAAUCAGAAAACUUACGCCCCUCCCUACUGCAGCAAAUAUAGAACAGACCUCCCACCCCCGCUAUCUCUGUGCCAAUUUGAUCCUGUAUGUGCAUAAUAUAGAGGGUGCAGGGCCCUAUAUGAGUGACAUAAAAGUUGGAAGUGUCAGGGGCCACUCAGGAAAAGCUGCCUUCCAGCAAUGCCAACUUGUCACUAUUGAAAGCUGUAAAUGAUAAUAGCACUCAGCACAAAAAUAUUCUUGAGGAUUGGCACCUUUGAUGAGACAACCUCCUGCAACUUUCACUUGCCUCCUUAAGUGUAGUGAUUUUGGGGGCUGGGGGGGUGUAAUGUCCAUCUGCCCUCAUCCUACCCUGGCUUGGAAGAAGUCCAUAAAUUUCUGGGUCUGAGGAAUCCCAUACCUUCAUUUCCCUUACUGCCACUCUGUCUUAAGGAGUCCCCCAGUGCUGCUUCUCUCCUCGCCCAAGUUUUCCAGACUUCAUCCCCCACCCCAAUUUGGUAUCUGAGCUCAUAAUCUCAUGCGCUGCUCCUCCUAAAGAGACACCCUCUCUCCUCGAUUACUUGCAAUUUAUUCCUGAUCAGAGGGGGAAAGAUUUGUGGAAGGGGGAGAAGGGAAGGAAGACCAGGGGGAGGGGGAAGACGGCUGUGUUCACUCCCAUCUCUCAUCUAACCCCUCCCUGAACUGGAGCACCCCGCCCAUGCCGCUGUUUAAGAUAUUUUUUCGUAAGCCUAUUUUCGUUUUGGAAAAUAUUUAUGAAUAAAUAGUUUUAUAUGAGUGUUCUUCUCUUGCAGAG